UCUACAGAAGCUCUCUGUCUGUUUGUCUUUUUACAUUAAAUAUUACCCAUUUCACCAUACUCUUCUUCUGCUCAAAUUGUCUGUCUCCUUUCUUCUUCACUUUUGCCAUUUCAAGAAAUCUUGAAAUUCUGAUUAACAGCAGCUUAACAUCAUGAGUGCUUCAAAGUUCAUAAAAUGUGUUUGUGUUGGAGAUGGAGCUGUUGGCAAGACUUGUAUGCUCAUUUGUUAUACCAGUAACAAGUUCCCCACUGAUUAUAUUCCAACAGUUUUUGAUAAUUUCAGUGCCAAUGUGGCUGUGGAUGGAAAUAUUGUGAAUUUGGGACUUUGGGAUACUGCUGGUCAAGAAGAUUAUAGCAGAUUAAGGCCACUAAGCUACAGAGGUGCAGACAUUUUUGUGUUGGCUUUCUCUUUAAUCAGCAGACCAAGUUAUGAGAAUGUCCUCAAGAAGUGGAUGCCAGAACUUCGAAGAUUCGCACCCGAUGUUCCAGUUAUACUUGUUGGGACGAAAUUAGAUCUUCGUGAUGACAAGGGUUACUUGGCUGAUCAUAUGGGUUCUAAUGCCAUAACUUACGCGCAGGGGGAGGAACUGAGGAAACAGAUUGGUGCAGCUGCUUAUAUUGAAUGCAGCUCCAAGACUCAACAGAAUGUCAAAGCAGUUUUCGACUCAGCGAUCAAGGCCGUACUACAACCUCCAAGGAGGAAAGAGAUGGCAACGAGAAAGAACAGGCGCAAAAGCUCCGGUUGUUCAUUCCCGGGCAUUCUAUGUGGAGGUUGUGCUGCUUAGAAAAGGUUCAUCCGCGGAUGAAUCAAUAUCACAAUAUUUUGACUUAAAUUUCCAAAAUUCUCCAAAUGUUUGGUUUCAUUUUCGAGGAUUUAUUUGUAUGAGUAAUCGUGUUCUCUUUUCCAGAAGUUUAUUUGUUUUGGUGUUUUAUACAAGGAUGCUUUG